GUUUAAGCUUUCAUCCCAGAACAUUUUCCCAUUUCUGCAAUUCACAAUGGCAACUCUGGCAAGGCUAUUGCUCUCGAAAUCCACUGCCCAAACCAUCUCUCAAUCAAUCCUUCAGCCUCGAGUUUCUUUCAGUGACUCUCCCACCGUUUCCCAAUUCCUCAGAGCCCUCCACUCCAUCGUUUCCCGACAAUUCGAUUUCCGUUCGCCGAGAAUUUCCCCUCCGCCGCAUUGCAGGGGAAACUCGUCGGCCCCCGAGUACGACGCCGGAGAGUCCGAUGCCGCCGUUGCUGCCGCGCUGAACCUCGAAGCUCGCGUCCCCGCCACCAUCAUUACCGGCUUUCUCGGCUCUGGAAAGACCACUCUUUUGAACCACAUCUUAACAUCUCAGCAUGGAAAACGGAUUGCGGUUAUUGAAAACGAGUUUGGAGAGGUGGAUAUUGAUGGUUCAUUAGUUGCUAGUCAUUCUUCAGCCAAUGAGGAAAUUGUUAUGGUUAAUAAUGGUUGUUUGUGUUGUACGGUGCAUGGAGAUCUAGUUAAAAUGCUUUUGGAGUUGGUUAAGAAGAAGCGAGACAAAUUCGAUCAUAUCGUAAUCGAAACAACAGGCCUUGCAAAGCCAGCUCCUGUAAUUGAAACAUUCUGUGCUGAUGAGCUGGUUUCACGUUAUAUAACACUUGAUGGCGUUGUUACUUUGGUUGACUGUAAGCAUGCCAUGCAGCAUCUAAAUGAGGAGAAACCAAGAUUUGUGGUGAAUGAGGCAGUGGAACAGAUUGCCUAUGCAGAUCGUAUUAUUCUGAACAAGAUAGAUUUGGUGACUGAGGCUGAGUUGGACAUUUUGACCAAGAGAAUUAAGCAUAUCAAUGGGAUGGCUCAAAUAAAGCUCGCUAAACAUGGGGUUGUUGACAUGGAUUUUGUUUUGGGAGUGGGAGGUUAUGACCUUGAAAGAAUUGAUUCAGAAGUUCAGGUUGAUGGCUCUCACUCGGUUACGCAUUCACAUGAAAGUGGGCAUGAACACCACAAUGGACAUCAUCAUCAUGAUCACAAACAUGAUUCUGCUGUAUCCAGUGUCAGUAUCGUAUCUGAGGGUAGCCUUGAUCUUGACGAGGUUGAUGAUUGGCUUGAAAGAAUAAUUGAAGAAAAGGGUGAAGACUUGUACAGGAUGAAGGGAGUAUUAUCUGUAAAUGGGUCCAACGAGCGCUAUGUUUUUCAGGGGGUGCAAUCCAUGUUGGAUGGCUGCCCGGGGAAGGCAUGGGGACAAGAUGAGAAGAGGAUAAAUAAGCUUGUAUUCAUAGGAAGGAACCUGGAUGAAACUGCCCUAAAGAAAGGAUUCAAGGGAUGUCUGGUGUGAGCUGGAGUCAGAAUUUCUUGUCUAGAAAACGAAUGAACAGCAAAACCAGAGCCCCGAGGCCGUGGCUUCUACACAUUGCGAUGCGUCUUCGGGUCUGGUAUGUGGCAGCGCGCUAAGUCUGCUAACCUCAUGGUUAUACAAAUCAUACUGUUCACUGUGAAGUUUCGGGCAAUAGAAAUACGGGCAUGAUGAACUUGGGAUACUCCACAAGUGUUCUGAAAAAUAUACUUGAAAUUGUACCAAUAGAAGUCUCCACCCACACCGUUGCUUAUUUAUUUAUGUUAUGGUUAUGUUGCUAAUAAGUAAUGCCAGACAAAACAGAAGUUUUAGGGCCCUUCUCUGACACUUGGCUUUGAUUUUUUUACCCGGAUAGGUAGUAGUUAGGAGAAGGUUUGUGUGGUAAGAUAUUUUAUAUAAUGGAUCUGGUUUAAUACCAGAUUCGGUUGGGUUGAUCCAAUUAGAAUUGGAUCUGUAUUGGAUCUACAUAUUAGAUAAAUGAAUAGGAUUUUUGCUGGUGAUUGAUUA